AUGGGAGAUUUCAAUCAGAACAUCGAUGUCUCCGAGAUCUACGAGCCACCGAAGGAGCUUAGUGCGAAUGCUCAUGUGAAGUCUAUGGCUGAGUACGAGGCAAUGUACAAGGCAAGUAUCGAAGAUCCAGAGAGCUUCUGGGGUGAAAUGGCCAAAGAGUUCUACUGGCAGACACCUUUCGAGAAGGUGGGUCCAGAGUUCAACUUUGAUCGGACUAAGGGUCCAGUGUCUGUGAAAUGGUUCUUGGGAGGCAAGACCAACCUCUCAUACAACUGCCUGGACAGAAUCAUUCAACAAGGACAUGGAUCACGGGUUGCAAUCUACCAUGAGUGCAAUGAUGUUGAAGAUCAACAUGCCUCGUUCACAUAUGACGACUUGCUGAAGAAGGUUUGCCGAUUAGCCAAUGCUUUGAAAGCGGAGGGGGUGAAGAAGGGCGAUCGAGUCUCCAUUUAUUUGCCAAUGGUUGUAGAGCUGCCUGCGGCAAUGUUGGCUUGUGCUCGAAUCGGUGCUGUGCACUCUGUGGUCUUUGGUGGCUUUUCCUCCGAGAGUUUGGCCGGACGCAUUUUGGAUGCUCAGAGCAGCAUGGUCAUUACAGCCGAUGGCGUGAUGCGUGGAGCAAAGCCGGUGCAACUCAAGGCAAUCACAGACAAGGCUUGUGAAAUUACGCAGAAGGAUGGCUUUCAGGUCCGCCGAGUCAUAUGCGUAGGCCGCCUCAAGGGCACUUCGUUUGAGCCGCAGACCAAAUAUGAUUGGGUAGAAGGCAGAGAUGUUUGGUACAAAGAGUUGGUUCAGAGCCAGUCAGAAACCUGCGACUGUGAGUGGAUGGACAGUGAGGAUCCUCUAUUCAUGCUGUACACCUCAGGGAGCACUGGCAAGCCCAAAGGCGUUUUGCACACGACCGGUGGCUACAUGCUGGGAUCCUUUGCCACAACGAAGUAUACUUUUGAUUACCACCCGGAGGACGUCUACUUUUGUACAGCGGACUGUGGGUGGAUCACAGGACAUUCAUAUGUCACGUAUGGCCCAAUGCUCAAUGCAGCGACGCAGGUGCUUUUUGAAGGAGUUCCCACUUUCCCGGAGGUGGAUCGCUUUUGGAAAGUCUGCGAGAAGUACAAGGUGAGUAUUUUCUACACUGCUCCAACAGCGAUUCGAUCCCUGAUGAAGUCCGGAGAUCAGCCGGUGACUCGCAACGACUUGUCGAGCCUCAGGCUCUUGGGCACAGUGGGCGAGCCCAUCAAUCCUGAGGCUUGGAGGUGGUACCAUCGAGUGGUAGGUGGCAGCCGCUGUGCCAUUGCUGACACCUAUUGGCAGACUGAGACGGGUAGCCACCUCAUCACACCUUUGGUGGGUGCCAUGACAUGCAAGCCAGGUUCGGCAAGUUUGCCCUUUUUUGGAGUGGAAACGGCCAUUUUGGAUGAGAACGGGAAGGAGUUGUCGGGCGAGUGCAGUGGCCGCCUGGUGCUGAAGCGGCCGGUUCCGAGUAUGAUGCGUACAGUUCAUGGUGAUCAUCAGCGCUUUGAGGAGACGUAUUUCUCACAGUUCAACGGCUAUUACUUCACUGGCGAUGGUUGCAAGCGUGACAAGGACGGCUUCUAUUGGUUGACCGGGCGGAUGGACGAUGUCAUCAACGUCUCCGGGCAUCGGAUCGGCACUGCAGAGGUGGAAUCUGCUUUGGUGGCACAUGCCAAGGUGGCUGAAGCGGCCGUGGUGGGCUUUCCGCAUGAAGUGAAAGGUGAAGGCAUUUGGUGUUGUGUCACACUGAACGAGGGCGAAGCCUACGACGAUAGCCUCAAGGCAGAGCUGAAGAAACAGGUCCGGGAAGUCAUCGGUGCCUUCGCCGCCCCGGACGAGAUCCACUGGGCACCGGGCUUGCCAAAGACCCGCAGCGGGAAAAUCAUGCGCCGGGUCCUCCGGAAGUUGGCCUUGCCCGACUACGACACCCAGGAUUUGGGUGAUACUUCCACCUUGGCGGACCCAGCAGUGGUCGAUGUCUUGACAGAAACGGCUCAGAGGUAUGAGUCGGAGAAAGUCCAAAGUGAGGUUGAGAUAGCAGACGUCAAAGACAUGCUCAAUGCCAAGAGGACGGAGGAGGAGCGUGAGACGCGGCGCCGUGACCGGCUUGAGAGUGAGCUCAUUGAGCUUCGGCAAAACAUGGAGGCGAGAGACCGUGUGCUGCGCCAGGUGAAGGCGGAGAUCAAGCAACAGGAGGAGGUGAAGGCCGCGACCGAGAUGCAGCUCAACAUGCAGCGGCAGAUCAUAGAGAACAAGAAGCAGGAAGAGGCCAACUGGCAGCGACAGAUUGGCGAUUUGAAGCGUCAGAAGCAGGAAGGCAGUGACGCGAAGAAAAGACUGUUGGAGGAGAACAAAGACCUUGACAAGGAGUUGAAAGAGAAGCAUGAGGAGAUCCGCACCUGCACGGCCGAGCGAGACAAGACGAAGAAAGCCUUGGAUGUGUUAAAGCGUCGAAAGGCUUUGGAUGACGAAGCAAGACACGAAAUGAACCUCGCCAAGGCCGUGCUCAAGACUGAAACGGAGAACUUGAUUCGUGAGAUCGACAUGCUCAAGAAGCAAGCCGAAAGCGAUAGCAAGACCAUCACCGACAUUUUGCGGGAUAGAGAGUCCCUGAAUCGAGCUCUCAUUCGCUGUGACGACCGCACCAAAGAUCAAACCAAAAAGGUGAAGAGCCAUGAUGAAGAAGCCCAACAGCUAGAAAGGGAUGUGGAAGAUAUCAAGCUGGAUGUGACAGACGCCAUCAAGAAGGCCUACAAACUCGAUAAGACACGGGAGAAGUAUGGCUUGGAGUGCUCCUUAGCCAACAGCAAGUACAUGUCUGCUUUGGAGGAGCUCAAAAACCGCGAUAACAAAAUCUCUGAGCUCAAAAAGAACUUUGCAGAUGUGAAGGCAAAGUUGGCACAGCAGAAGCAGCUCUAUGAGGCUGUCCGCACCGAUAGAAACUUGUACUCCAAGAAGCUCGUGGAGUCACAGGACGAGAUUGCUGAGAUGAAGCGCAAGUUCAAGAUCAUGUCCCACCAAAUUGAGCAGUUGAAAGAGGAGAUCAAAGAGAAGGAGGAGCGUCUCAAGAGGGGGCAUCAUGCUCACAACAGAAUGCAGAAAGAGUGCGAAUUCUUUAAAGACCAGAUGGAGAGGGCAAAGCGGCGGCAGCAAAGCCUCAACAGCCACAAGGACACGCAGCAGGCCGAGAUCAAAAAGCUGGAGUCGAGGAUACUGGAGGAGGAGGAUCGACGAAAGCAACAAAAGAAGAAAUAUGAAGAAACGAUCAGUGAGAGAGAUGUGCUUGGCACCCAGCUGAUCCAUCGAAACGAUGAGCUGGCGCUUCAGUACGAGAAGAUAAAGAUCCAGCAGCGUACGCUACAGAAUGGAGAGCUUACUUACAAGCAACGCUUGGAGGAGUCUCGUGCACUUUCCAUCAAGCUAGCGCAGCUGAAACGAGAGUUGCACAUUGGCAAGCAGCAGGUGCUGAACAUUGAUGACCUCAAGCGAGAGGUCUUCCAGCUUCAGCGUGAGUUGCUUCAAGAAAGAACGAAGGCAAAGCAUUCUGUUUUUCUGCAUCGAGGAGCUGGAAAACCCGAUGAAUGUGCACCGCUGGAGAAAGCUGGAAGGCUCCGAUCCAAGCACAUAUGA